GAAGAAUUCAAGUGCCGCCUAUCAACUGCCAGGAUAGCGUGGAAAGCUGAUGAUGAAAGGAAAAUGAACCUUAUGAAAACUGCUCGGUUCGCUGGCGUAUUUCCUCGUGCCAACAGUCCGUGCCACCGAGGACGUGUGUGAAGUGACAACAAACGAACCAAAAAUAUUCAAAAAGACGCGCGACUCACGCGGCACUCUGGGUGGUUUGUGCUGCACGCUACGAUCGUUCAACCGACCAACCGCUGCGCUGGUCUACCGUGCGCCAACCGCAAACGACCAUUUGCGGAUGGUCCGAAAGAUUACAUACGCCGGAUCACGAUGGUACAGGAACUUACUUCCAACGUGCCGGAGGAGCUGUACAAUUUGACGCAGCUGGCCGAGGUGUCGCUGGCUGCAGGUAAGCUCAGUACGGCAGCAGCGGCCAACCGUUCCCAGCAGCAGCAACAACAGCAGAUACCGUGCGCAGCUGAUUACCUGAUGCACCAUCCGGUAAUGUACGGUAUCGUCCGGUACGGUGCUGACUCAUCCAGUGACAAGAUGCUUAUGACACCGAUCGGUGACCUUUACACACGGAGCUACCACGUCCUGAACCAGCCUCAGAACGGUGGUGCGAUACCGAUAGUGCAGCUGAUGCAGCCGGACCAACCGAUCAGCAUCAGCGAGAGCCAGCACAACGAGCGAUACCGGAAUGAUCAUUCCACUCCCGGUUUCCCGGCUACCAGCGAUCACUCACCCUCCGCGAUCGCAACGAAGAAAAAGUGGACAAAGAAGUGGGAAAUAAUCCAUGGUUCGCAGGCAACCGUUCUUUCGCCCGAGUCCUGCCACGCUGGAGAUAGCAGCCCGGAUUGCGAACCGUCUCCGAAAAAGCGUCCUGCUGUGCAGCUAUCGGGCCCGGUUGAUACUGAUGGCGAUUACGAUAGGGAUCGUUCCGGGCUCAUCUAUUAUGCACCAACGACAACGGUAGGACGAUCGGAGGCGGGCGAUGAACUGACUGAUACCGGUUCGCCAGCAAGCGAUAAGGACUCGAGCACGCUCACUAUAUUAGAAUGCCCAGCGAACCGGACGACCGUCAGUUGCUUCGGCAACGGGCCGCAAGCGGACGCAGACGAUCUGACGAGUCUGGCGGGCCGUGGUAGCACAUCCGAGGAGUCACAGGAUUCGGGUAUGGUCGAGUGUAACUAUUCGCACAAAGUGUUUGAUCGCAAAAAGGCUCGCAAAUUGCGAACCGUGUCCUGUACGAGUACGGGUAGCAGUAACAGUUGCGGCACACCGGUAGGAUCGAUUGGUGAUGGUGGUGGUGUGGAUUCCGGUGAAGUGACGGAACUGAUGAAUGAUUCCGAUUCGUCAACGACACGGUUAACCAAGCAAAAGACUGGAUUAGGAAGUGUUGAUCGUUCGGGAGGACGAAACAGUGGCGAUGAAACAUCGAGCGGUACCUCGGACGAUGUCCACAUCUGUCCGGAGUGCAACAAGCAGUACUCUACGUCAUCGAACUUGGCGAGACAUCGACAAACGCAUCGAUCGCUGGAAGACAAGAAGGCCCGCCGAUGUCCUUUCUGCUCGAAGGUGUACGUCUCGAUGCCGGCUUACUCCAUGCACGUGCGAACACACAACCAAGGCUGCCAGUGUCCAACGUGUGGCAAAUGCUUCUCCAGACCCUGGCUGUUGCAAGGACAUAUUCGCACACACACAGGCGAGAAACCGUUCCAGUGCAACGUCUGCCAGAAAGCGUUUGCGGACAAAUCGAACCUGCGGGCUCACGUGCAGACACACUCGAACAUGAAACCACACUCGUGCGGUCGGUGCGGUAAAUCGUUUGCCCUUAAAUCGUACCUCUACAAGCACGAAGAUUCGUCCUGUCUGAAGAGUGACAAACCGGCAAAAGCGCCAAAGGCAACGUCAUCGAACCGUCAACGGCGAAAGUCUUCCAAGGAACGAUCGGCGGCAGUCGAGUCGAUGAGUGAAGCCAUUCCAUCUUCUACAGCAAACUCCAGCCCUGGAAGCUGCACUUCGAUACAACAGCAGCAGCAGCAGCAGCAAGCGGUGACCUCGCCAGCACCAAUGGAUCUUCAAACAACGGCCCAGGCUUCGAGUAUCGCUUUCAAGGAUGUUGUGCGUGCCAAAAUCCGAGAGGUUUUCGGCGAUAACUGCAAAAAGGCGGCACGGCUACUGGCAGGACACUCGGUUAGUGCAGCGACCCCGGCAGCUCCCGGUGUCCCUGAUAACCGAAUCAGCGUGAUAAGAAUGGCAAGCUCUACCGGAGAGCUGUACAACCCAUCUGGCAGUAGCUCACAGCAGGCUGGGUCGCCGGUUGUGGAUCAAGUGGACGUUCGCAGUACGAGUGCAUCGAAUAGCGAAGCGUCCGUGGACGGAUAUCGAGCAACGUAUGCCGUCAUGGCAUAG